AUGUUCUUCAGCAGCUUUCCCUUUGCGGAAGACAUCCCUGGCCAGGGUAGGCCGAGGGGGCCACCCAAGGAGAGAAACACAACCAAGUUCUACGAGCUCCUUGAGGUUGAUAAGAACGCUUCCAUACAAGAUAUCAAAAAAGCCUACCGCAAGUUGGCGAUUAAGCACCACCCGGACAAGGGAGGUGACCCAGAGAAGUUCAAGGAAAUCUCGAGGGCAUAUGAGGUGCUGAGCGACCCCGAAAAGAAGAGUGUGUAUGAUGAACUCGGAGAGGAGGGCCUUGAGGGUGGGGGAGCUGAUACGGAUCCCUCAGAUAUCUUUGACUUGUUCUUUGGAGGCAGGAGACCUGGGAGGCAACAGAGCAAGAAGAAGGGGGAGGACGUCGUCAGCACCAUAAAGGUUACUCUUGAACAGAUAUAUAACGGUGCCCCGCGGCGCAUGGCCAUCAACAAGGACGUAAUAUGCAAAGAUUGCGAAGGCAGGGGAGGCCCUCCGGAGGCGCUUAUCACUUGUAAAGAGUGUGAUGGGUCUGGCGUCAAGGUAAUGAUACGCCAUUUGGGGCCCAUGAUUCAGCAGACGCAAGGCAUUUGCCAUGCAUGCAAAGGCCAAGGUCGCAGCAUUGAGCCUUCAAAGCGGUGCAAGGGCUGCUUGGGGAAGGGGGUUUCCAAGGAAAGGAAGAUUCUGCAGAUUUUUAUCGAGAAGGGUGUAAAGAAUCAUCACAAAAUAUACUUCAGGGGGGAGGCAGAUGAGCGGCCUGGCGAAAUACCGGGAGAUGUCGUCCUUGUGGAACACGAGGUGUUCAAGCGCCGCGGCAAUGAUCUGUUCAUGACGAAAAAGAUUUCCUUGUACGAAGCACUUUGCGGUUUCAAGUUCCUUCUUACGCACUUGGAUGGCCGCCAGCUCCUCAUUCAGGGAACACCCGGCGAAGUUGUCAAGCCUGAUGCAGUGAUGUGCGUGAAGGGGGAGGGUAUGCCGAAUCACAAGAAUCCUUUCAUUAACGGAGAACUGUACAUUGUUUUUGACGUCGAGUUCCCCCAGAGGGUGCCGGAGUCUCUCCACGCCAAAUUCCGCGAGAUCCUCCCGCAGCCAGAGAAUGCGCCCAUGGUUGACGAGGAUGACCCCAAGGUUGAGCAUCACGUGUGCGAGAGCGUUACUCCCGAGGAACUGCGUGCUCGCCAGCAGCAGCAGCGCACUCAAGGUUCGGGCGAGGCUUAUGAGGAAGAUGACGAAGAAGGCCAUGGAGGAGGCCCUCAAAGAGUUCAGUGCCGGCAGCAGUAA